AUGGUUCGGCCUUCUUCUCUUCUCUCAAAACGAAGACGGGAUUCAGGCGCAAGCUGGCACCAUCAAGAUCACGAUCGAUAUGGAGGAGGGCGAGCCUCUCGGAGCCACGCCCAAUGACAAGCUCGUCAUCACCAAAAUCCAAAACGGCACCAUCGCCGAGGGUAAACUUAGGGUCAGUUGAACUUUUUGAAGGUUGAAGGCAUAGAAAGUGGUUAAAGAUAUAGAAACUGGUUUAAGGCAGGAAUAGGGUUUAGGGGAAUGAAAAAUGGUUGAAAGAAAAACAACUGAUUAAAGGCGUCGAAGCUGGUUAAAGACGUUUGAACUGGUUGAUAGAAUCAUAGUGAAUAAUUCAAGACAUGAAAAAGGCUGAAAUCUUAAAACUGGCCAAAUGCAUAAAAACUAGUUGAAGGCUUGAAAACUUCAAAGGAAUGAAACUAGUUGAAGGCAGGGUGCUACGACAAGAGCGAGUUUUCCAUUCGCGAAGAGUACUGUAUGCGGAUAUUGAGUGCAUAAACUUUGCGUGUUUACACUUUCUUUGAGUGACGUCACCGGGUCGGACAUCUCGGGGUUUUAAAAAAAUUUUUUUUUCAAGAUUCGCAUUUUUCUCGAUGAUAUUUGCACGAUAAAAAACAAUAUCAAAAAAAUAAUUGAAAAAAAUUUCGAAAAAAACUCGGAAACAAACCAGGAGAUGUCCUACCCGGUGACGUCACGCAACGAAAGUGUGAACACGCAAUGCGCACAUACAGUACUCCUCUCAAAUGGAAAAACUCUUGUCGUAGCACCGAAGGCAGAGUAGCAAUGGAAAAGGUGUUUUCUUCCAGUUUUGUCAAGAUUUCCUGUGUUUUUUGGCCUUUUUCAAAAAUCCCCCGAGCUCCUUUCUUGGAUUGAAGUGCUACGAUGAAAAAGCCGCAAAAAGAGAAGAAUAGGGUUUAAAAAAUCCGAAAGCCGAGCCACGAAAGAAAUGAUUUUCAAGAAAAAAAAAGCUUUCAGAUUGGUGAUCAAAUCAAGGAAGUGAAUGGUCGUAAAAUCAAUGACACGACGGAAUUCUUCCGUGCAUUGCGCUAUGCCGCCCCUGCUGUGCAUUUGACUGUUCUUCGGUGGGAGCUGAUUGGAGUUCAAAUGUUUUGAAUCGACUGUUUAGAGACGAAAAGAAGGCGGAAGAACUGGAAGCACGUGUCAACAUCCCGGAAGAACGCGCCAAGCUCAUUCAACGUCGUGAAGGCUUCGUUUAUGAGGUGAAGCUUGAAUCUUGGCUUUAAAAGUUAGUCGACUCUGUAAAGCCCUGUCGUUGGAAAAAAAAAAGUAGGAUAGUUCUCAAAAACUUCUCAUUUUUCUGCGCGAAAAAGUCCCGGAUUAGUAAGAAUUUUUCCGAAUCAGUUACAGAUUUAGUAAAAUCCAGACAAACAGAAAAAUUGGGAAUUUUCAUAAAAACAUUCAAAAAGUUUCCUAGUGCACUCUGUGAGCUAGAAGAUCAGUAGCAGUUCUGAAAGUUCGAUAAUUUCAAAAGUCCUGAACCGGCAUCUUUAUAGUCAUCAUAGCACUCAGAAAAGAAAGAUUCACUAGCCAUCCAGUAGAGAUGAGAGUCAGGAUAGCCCUUGUGAGCUUGAAGUAACUUGACGGUUAAGCCAAAACCAAGUCCGGCCGAGAAAAAUAUGAAAAAUAGAGGAUUAGGACCAGGUCCUUUCAGAAGCGAUCCUGAAGACUUCUCCUACUCCAGAUCAAUCCAAAAAUAUCUUAUUUUUUCAGCUGGCGACGCUGAUUUGGCAAACGAACGGCCCGAAACUCGGACUCGGCAUCAAGCACUACCAGAACCGCGUGUUGGUGUCGCGCGUCGAUCCCCGGCUCUCUCGCUAGUCAAUGCCUCGUCCUCGGAGACCAUCUGUGUGACGUCGACGGUGUCCCCGUCACCGACAAGGACGUCGCCAAGGACCUGCUCGUCAAGAACAUUCAGGUUUCUUCCGUUGAAAACGUUUCUGCGUGAUCCAAGCUAACCAGACUGAAGCAAGAGGCGUUUGCAUUUUAAGAAUAAUUUUGUAUCCAUGAAUUUUCUGAAAACCGAAGCUGUUCCGUAUCGGGCUUCCUUAUCAGAGGAUGGUCCAACUCGAGUUUGGACUUUUGAAUGAGAUAAACUUCAUUAGGUUGAGUUUCUUGAGCUGAUUCCGAUUCCGAGAUUGAACAUUCUAGAAGGUCUAGAAAAAAGAAGUUACGACUACUCAAAAAAAUCAGCAACCAACAAUCUUUCAGGAGAAGGGCCGCGUGACGUUCGUCGUGGAGCGACCAGACUCUGUCGAGGCCAAACUUUGGUCCAAGAACGCUCUCUCGGCAAAUGUAACGUCUUUUCAAAUUGCUCCAAGAUUCCGUUCUUCCAGGUGAUGCAACCGCCGAGCGUGCAGAUGAACGAAGACGUGCGCGCCAUCGCCGCCCGGGAGCGUGGCCUUCUGAAGCAGCGAAAGACGCCGGAUCGCGGCGCCAUGGCCCCGGCUGGCGCCAAACGCGGCAACGUCACCAUCUGCGACAUCAACUCGCACGAAAUUGGCCACGACAACGAAGGAAAAGCCCUUCGUCGUGUCAAAUGA